GCGUUAUUUUCUUUCUCUCACAGGCAUGUUCAAGAGUCUUGUGCAUAUUGAGACAUAGCCCCACUCCUCAGAUUAGUGUUUGCAGCAUGCUGGGGUUGUUGGCUCGAUACACAGCUGGGAUAAGGUAUGCACUGGAGUUACAGGUUCUGCAGAGGGGCAUCUCCGAAGCAUGCCAAGCUGAGGAUGAUGACACCAAUCAAUCUGUCUCUUCUAUCGAAGAGGACUUUGUUACUGCUUUUGAGCAUCUUGAAGAGGAAGAUACAGGUGCCCGUAGUCAGAGGAAUCAAAGGGAUGUGGCAUCCCAGACUGUUCCCUCGCAUUUAAGAGACUUAUCUGGAUCUCGGAUUAUUAUAAGUUCCAUACCGAGGAAGUCAUUGCGCAAGGAAAAGGCUGCUUCAAAAGUGUCAGAAACUGUCCUGAAGUCAACACCGUGGCCCGCAAGUUCUGAGAGCUCAUAUGCACUUAGCAGUCUUCCAAAGGGACACGCUACUUCCACAUCCCUCACAGAGUCAGAUGAGUCAGACUGCUCAAGUCCCAGCCCUAUUAUAUUCCUGGAUGAAGUUGGAUAUCAGAAGAGUCUUAAAGCAAAACUUGACAUUCCCAAGAUCCCCGUUUUAAAGGAUGGAGUAGAAGAUUCUGACUCAGAAGUCAGUGAAUUUUUCGACAGCUUUGAUCAGUUUGAUGAACUAGACCAGUCUUUUGAUUCCAACAUCAAGGUCCUUAAAGAACAGCCCCUCCCUGGUCAAACACAGAAGCAUGUUGACAACUCUGGUUGUAAAUUUGUAUCAAGGGGGUGCUCGACCACAGCAAUGAACCCUCAAAAGUUUGAUCAUAGGACUCUUCCAGCCAAUGUCAAGAAACCAACUCCACUUAAACCAGGAUCACCGUACAGUAUUCACUCUGAUUCACCAGAUUCCCCAUGGCCUGCGAGGACUCCCUGCGAGGAAAGCGGGCCGCUCUUCAGUCCAGUUCGUUCAUCUGCAUUUAGCCCACUGGGAGAAGGAGGGUCCUUAGAGUAUUUUUGGAAGGCAGAUGGAGAUGGCUCAGAAUUAAGUAAACCACAGGAUCUUUGCUCGCUGUACAAAACAUACUCUGAUUUUGCUAACAACCUGUCAAAAGAAAUCCUUGGAUCUGUCUGUGGGUACUCCUCCCCUGUUGAUUUUAACAUUAAUAAGAACUUGAGCUGUGUGUGUCAUAAGGAGUUCAAAAACGCUAAUGGGCAUCUAAUGAAGCUUUCAGACAUCCAGGAGACAGUCACCAUCACCAAAUCCCAAUCACAGUCUCUUAAGGAUGGGAUUCAGAAGUUUGCUACAGACUUGGUUGAAAUGAGCCUUGGAAGUGCCUUAAAGGACUUGCAGAAAGGUGUGUCCUCCUGUACCACUACACUUUGCCAUUUGGCUGCAAGGCUGACUUCUUCAGUAUUUCAAAUGGCCUUUCAUGAGAUAGGUAUGCGCCAUGCAUAUGUGUUAAAAGAGCAUGCCAUAAACGGUCUAGCCAGUUUCCUAGUAGGAGAAGCCAUUUCUGGAGCCCUCAAGGAGUUUCUCUUUGUGAAAAAGCAGAUUUUCAACAAUACUGUCACACGAUUUGCUGCAGAUCUUGCUGAGGAAUUAGUGUUUGAAGGAAUUAUGGAGGUUUGCCAGUUUUCGCAUCCCUCAACGCCACUCACGCCAAGUGACUGGUCGUUUGAGCAAGAGGAGGAAGUGGUUUCAUCCUACGCCUCUGACCUGUCGGAGUCUGUUCUCCAAGAGGCUUUUAUAGAGCUCUCAAAAACUGCUGUGACUUUCACUACACAGGCAGCUAUCAGUGUGUCAGUAGACAACAUUUGCUAUGUGAGUGCUGAAGAUAGUUCUCUCAUCACAAAAACCUGCAGUGCCCAAACUAGCUAUCUUGGAUCUCAGGCUGCCGUUGAGGCUGCAAAUCAAGAGCAGGAUGGUUGCACAGUGAAGAAAGCCUUGUAUUGCAUGUCAGGUAUGGCCAGUUGUGUUCCAGUUCUUGUGGCUGGCAAGGCCAUAGCCCAUGUGCACAACUCAGAUGAACCUUCUCUGUAUAAAUCCAGUAUUGGUCAUGUAUGUCAGACCAUUCCUAAAAGAACCAUUUGUUGCCAAGGGGAAGUGGCAUCCUCAACCUCAGAUACCUCUGAAGCAACUCAGACUGAAUCAUCACCAGGUCCUGCAAGAAUCCAGGAUGCCAGUGAUGAGGAAGUUGUUGGCAAUCCAUCCGUUGAAAAUGAUUCCGGCAAACCCUCGAUUGGAAAGACUUUUCAGAACUUUUCUGGGAAUAUGGUGGACACUAUAGUAGGUGAGGCAUUCGAUCUUAUGCAUUCUUCAACAAAAGUGAAGAAGAAAGUAGAGGAUUGUGCAGACUCUUUGAGCAAAACAAUAGCAGCUCGCAUAUCCACUCCAAGCCAUGGAAGUGGUAAUUCACACGAUGUAUCGACUGAGAGAGGUCCCUCUCAGAUUCCCUUUCACUUGAUGUCAAAGGGCUCUUGUGACCCAUCCUCCAGAAGUGUACGUCCAGUCUCCAGGCUCACCCAAGAGAUCCGUUCUGUCGUGAGAAUGGACACAUUGGAAGUGCCCACUUUUGAAGUUGCCUCAUGUGGUGGUAGAAAAGUCGGUGCAGAUGAUUUUUCAAGCAGCAACUCUGGAACAAAAUCGUCUGAAAUCCCUAGCACCCCACCCUCAAGUCCUCAGCAGCCAUCAGACGAGUACAGUGAGAAACAGAUCAGACAGUUCUCGAAGAAGCUCAAAGGUACGCUUGCAAAAGAAUUUUCUCCUGCGACUCCUCCACCCACCCCUUAUUACCUACCUGCCGCCGACACCAAAGAAGAAGGUUCCGUAUCAGACAAGGCCGAUUUCAUGCUGAAACUCAUUAGGUCUCUCUCUGAAGAAGCUGGCAGCAAUGAAGAUGAGGAGGAGGACCAGGAAGAUAACCCUCACUCUAGAAACUGCCAGGCAGAGUUGAGUCCCAAUGUCAGGAGCCGAAUGAUCGAGAGGAGUGCGCUCCGUUAUGCAGAGCGUUUAGCGUGCCACAUUGUUUCCAUGGCCACUGAGAUGGACACACUAAGCCUCGGAGAUGUGAAGAAGCCGGUGGGUGACGAAAGCAAGGGCAGUGUUGCCUUGCAUAGCGCACAGUUCUCAGAGCAGACUUUAAAUUCUUUGUGGACAUACGCUGGAGAAGUGGCUGGAGAAGUCAUCAAUGAUGUCAAGAAGAUGAUGAGUUCAAGCCACUGUUGUCACAAAAUGAUAAAAAGAGGAUCUGUGAACUCUGCAGACAAACGUCAGAGCGGAGAUGGUCUUUUGGGAAAUUUGACUUGUCAGUGGCCUGGUGGCGUCCAGGUGAGUGGCAGUUCAAGUGGGAUGUCAUCAGAGUAUCCAAGUUGCGAGAGUGUCACUGACGAAUAUGCAGGAUACCUCAUUAAGGUGCUCAAGAAAGAGGGAGGCAACCGAGAGCUUAUAUUGGAUCAGUACGCCACUCGCUUGGCGUAUCGAUCUAUUAAAUCUGGCCUGGCUCAUGCGGCUCGAAAAAUAAAGCAGAGAUCUCCUUUGAGGCUUCACUCAUCUAGGCGUUUACACAAUGAUCGUAGUCCUUAUGUUUCCCAAAUUGCCAUAUCCAAGUCAUCCCACGCUGCACUUAGUGAUGGAAAAGAUGGAUUCUCUUGUGAAUCUCUGCCAUGUGCUUGUCAAGACGUUCAAGACCUGAGCAGUAAUGAAUAUGUAGAACUUGUGAACUUUGCAGAGUCGCUGGCCUACAACAUCACAUGUGACGUUACGAGAAAGCUGAGAAUGAGCUCAGUUAGACUGCCAAAAUCGCUCACUGAUUCUUGCCUCUACAGGAAAUCCACUAUUGAGGACAUGCCAGAAAAUCUCAUCAAAAAUACAUUUUCAUGCUCUCUUUUACCUUGCACAGAAACUAACAGGCUCUACCAUAGUACAAGCAGCUUAAAUGAUGGCAAAAGCAACAAUGGUGUAAUGCAAGUGAUUGAACAUUAUGCCAGGAAAAUUGUUGAUGACACUUUGGAAAUAACGCUGGGUCCAGCAUGUGUUCAGGCAGCGGGGGACAGGAGGGCACUUGAAAGCAAUUCCUUCACAGAAAAGCUGGCUGAGGCAUAUGAAGCCUGUCGAUACUGCCAAGGUCGAGAUUGCCUGUUUUGCAGUAGAGACGGUCGUCGUGGUUUCCAGGGACUGAAAAUAAGGAGGCAACAAGAAUCAGAUGCAGUGACUGGACUGGAAAUCCCUAGAAUACACAUUGAUUUGGAAAAAAGAGCAGCUUUUGCUGAAGAAAUGGUGUCCAGUGCCAUUGAGAAAGCCAAAAAGGAACUGAGCUGCACCAGUCUGAAUGCAGACAGUGGGAUUGGUCAUGAUGGCGCAAGCUUUGCAGAAAGUCUCACCACAGAGAUUAUGACAUCCGCAUUGUCCAACGUCUGCCAAACCGUCAAUCUUGGUACCUCCAGAAGAGAAUGCGUCAAUGUGACGGAGUCAACAGUGAGUCAGCAGCUCAGUUUGAGUGUUGGUGAUGACAGUCUCGGUAGUUGGUCCAAUCUGAGUUUUGAAGAAGACCACCCAGAUGAGAGCAGCAGCUUUCACCAUCUAAGUGACAGCGAUGGCACUGAAGAGAAGGAAGCUGAGGCCAAAGAGGAUUCAGGCGGAGCGGUGCGAGUGGAGAGGGAGCAUAGGCCGGCAGAAAGAGCUCUGCUGGUGGUCAGUACAGAUGUCCAGGGUCGAGCUGUGGACCCCCAGUUGACGGCUGUGCUCCAGUGGAUCGCCGCUUCUAUCGCUGAUCUGUCUUUAAUGCAGCUGAGCCAGUUCUCAGCCCAGGAGCUGCAGCAGCUGCCGGCCGUAGCGCAGAGGCUGAAGGAGAGAGAGUUCAGGGUCGGCAACCUCCUCCAGGCUCUUCUGAGAUAUUUUGAAGAACGUCGCUCUGAGGAAGAGAUCGGGGACACAAGGAACGGCCACAAGAGCCUCUUUCAGUGGCUUCUGGAGCAAGCGUAAAUCACAUCACACUGACACCCGUCAGCCAUUAAACCGUGAAGUUUCCUGUCACUUUACAGUGAUCUGCAAUGUAUCUGCCAAACCUAGAGGCAUAGCCAGUGGAAUGUGUUUAUGUGUUGUGUAUUGCUUGUGCACCCAGGGGGCACCAUAGAAACAACUGAAGUAAUCUAAGAGCCGUUCGUUCAAGUGUGUGUAUUGCAUGCCGUGACCGAGAGUACCGUUUGCUUGCUUUCACCUCUCUUUUUAUUGUCACUUUGUUUUCUUUAAGAUUAGACUGCAUAUCACACUUUUGGCACGCCUUCACUGAAGCCUACCCGUGUUUUGCAUUCACACCCUGCCCCAACACAAAAACUGAUGGGUUUUAUGAGUUGGUGUCUUGUUAGGGAAUCCCCAUGGCUGCAGGAAAGCUUAUGUCAUUUCCAUACCUCUCCUUUGCGGUGAUGUUUGCACUUGUCAAGGGACCAGGCAUGCAGACCAGCAGCGCUCCAGGUCAACAUAAGGUAUUCCAUGACUCAGAACACAUAAGAGAAUCACAGGGUAAUUAUAACAAACAACCCUGUUUCAGCACAUUUUUGGCAACAACACUUGGAUACCAGUUGUGACGGUUUAAAAGUAUCAUUUCACUGGUAAUUAGUUACUGUUGAAAGAAUCCAUCAACAAAUAGUCAGUAGUUUUGCAUUCCCGUCAUAUGACUCGUACAUUUUUCCAGUUAUUUCAGUGUGAUCAGCUAUUCAUAAUGGUUUCAAAUGAAUUGGUAUACCUGUAAAUAUGCUUUUCUAGAGUUUAAAAUUUAAUUGAAUUGUUUACAACCCUAGCUGCAAUCAGGCUCCACAUGAUCCAACGCCCAUAAAGAAUCAAACACGUUUUAGUUCACUGCAAAGUGAAGGGAUUUUGGUUGCCAACUUACGGGAAAAACACCGCAUACUAUUAAACUUAGCUUAAAGGGUUAGUUCACCCAAAAAUGAAAAUUCUGUCAUUAAUU